ACUUCGACUUGGAACACGCCUUGGACAGCGCCGAGGAGCCGAAGCCCACCGUGCCCGCCCCUAGGAAGCCUGGCGCCGGCGACGACUUCAACCUCGAAGACGCCGUGGCCGGUGGCUUUUCGGACGCGGAUCUUCUGGACGGGACGUCAGGCGGGGAAGGCGGAGGCGGCGGCGGCGGCGGCGGCGGCAGUCCCAGGAAGGACGGCAAGGAGGGCGAGCAGGAGGACGCCCCCGGCGUGAUUCCUGGGAUCGUGGGGGCCAUCGUGGUGGCCGUGGCCGGCGCCGUUUCUAGCUUCAUUGCCUACCAGAAGAAGAAGCUUUGCUUCAAGGAGAACGCCGAACAAGGCGAGGUCAGCAUGGAGGAUCACCGGACCGUCCAGGCCGAGCCGGCCGUUCAGCGCACGCUGCUGCAGAAAUAGAAGACGGCGUGGAAACGGAACCCGGCCGGGGGGGGGGGCUCUGUCCCCACGGACCC